AUGAUGAUGCCAGGAAAAAGCUCCCUGAAGCAGAACUCUUCUCUGACAUUCAAUCUGAUAGAGAGAACAUCUAGUCAGCCACCAGCAAGUGACCAAUCCCCUUUCUACCAGACAGCUAGUCAGCCACCAGCAAGUGACCAAUCCCCUUUCUACCAGACAGCUAGUCAGCCACCAGCAAGUGACCAAUCCCCUUUCUACCAGACAGCUAGUCAGCCACCAGCAAGUGACCAAUCCCCUUUCUACCAGACAGCUAGUCAGCCACCAGCAAAUGAUCAAUUUCCUUUCUACCAACCAGCGAGUCAGCCACCAGCAUGGAACCAACCACCUCUCCAACAGCUAGCCAGUCAGCCACUGCCAAAUCACCAACCGGCGCUCUACCAUCCAGCAAGUCAGUCAUCAGCAUGUGACCUAUCACCUCUUUACCAGCCAGCAAGUAAGCCACCAACAAGUGACCAAUCCCCCUUCUACAAGCCAGCUAGUCAGCCACCAGCAAGUGACCGAUCCCCAUUCUACAAGCCUGCUAGUCAGCAGCCAGCAUGGAGCCAACCACCUCUCCAACAGCUAGCUAGUCAGCCACUGCCAAAUCACCAACCAUCUGUCUUCCAGCCAAAUAGCCAGUCAAGUUUAGAUUACUUGCAGCCAGCAGCCUCAGAAUCUGGCAUAAGGCGAAACCAACCACUGCAAAGUAUGUAA